AUGUAUCGGCAAAUACUCAUCGAAUCAGAUCAAUGCGAUCUUCUGAGAAUUCUAUGGAAAACAAAUUUUGACGAUGAGCCUACCACGUAUAAGUUGAAAACUGUAACUUAUGGGACGUCUUGCGCUCCCUUUCUUGUCUUAAGAACUCUUAAACAAUUGGCCAUAGAUGAGAAUUCCAGAUUUCCCUUGACGUCUGAAAUUCUACUACAUGACACUUACAUGGAUGACAUAGUCAGUGGCUCUUCAACGCUAGAGGGUGCCAAGGAGUUACAGCAUCAACUUAUUGAAGUUAUGCAGUCAGUGGGACUGAAAUUACAUAAGUGGCAUAACAAUUUUGAGAAUGAAUCAAGGCCAUCAGAAGAUAGUUAUAAAUUUGAUAAAGAGGAGGGAACAAAAGCAUUGGGAGUUCUAUGGAACUCUCAGGAAGAUUGUUUUGCUCUUCGAGUAGAUGUCAAUCCGAAACAGUUGUAUACUAAAAGGGAAGUAUUGUCAACUAUUGCCCGAAUAUUUGGCCCACUUGGCCUUCUGAAUCCGGUAAUAGCUAAAGCCAAAAUGAUCAUGCAAGAACUAUGUCGUAUAAACAUUGAUUGGAAUGAUGUUCAGCCUGAAUCAGAAUAUCGAGAAUGGCAUCGUUUUUUAAUUGCUCUCAAAGCCUUAAAUGAAAUUCUCAUUAACAGACGAGUAGUCUUUGACCAGCCAACGAGUGUAGAGCUUCAUGGCUUUGCAGACGCUUCAGAACGCUGCUAUGGUGCAGUGAUGUACUGCAAAUCAAGUGAUGCACAAGGAAAUACUAUGAUUAAAUUAGUUGCUAGUAAAUCCAGAGUAGCACCAAUUAAAAGCUUGUAG